AGGCAGCAAGUCUAUGGGUGCAGCUUAUGUGUCAUCUCGACAAUUCCACAGUAACACGCGGGCCAGGACUAGCCAGGAGUGACAUUUAAAGUCGACCAUUCAACGGUAAUAUGCGGACUAGGACUAGCCAGGUGUGACAUUUAAAGUCGACCAUUCUACAGUAAUCUGCGGACUAGGGUUAGCCAGGAGUGACAUUUAAAGCUGUAUGCUUAGAGUUGCAUCUCAGUUGCUUGUUCCGGAAAUAUUUCAGGAUUCUUUCGCCAUUGGAUAUUUUUUAAAACAAAUUUAUAGUUUUGUAUUGGUUGUACACGAUUGCUUUAAGUGCAGCAGGGAGACCAUUAUUAUACAUCAGUUGAUACGGGAAAGAAAUCGCACCGAUUUUAAAGGCCAUGUUUGGUCGGGUGCUAGAAAAAAAUCUCUUCACCAUUUCGACAAAACCAUAUCAACAGGCUCAAACAAUCUCGUUCAAUACUUUCACGAAAUUGAUAUCUUCGUUCCAUGCUGUGUUUAAUGAUGCAAAAAGAAACCAUCGGUCCUAGUAGUGAAGAAUAUAUUGUGUGUACCACAGUUUUUGGCAGUGAGUUGUAGCCAUGGUGACCGAAUGAUUGAAGCCGUUGUUUCGCAGUGUCUAGGUACCAGCGCCUGAUAGUUCUUUACAACAUACACAUUAUAUAAAGUCACUAACACUAACACGUCAUUAUCUAAAUCGCCUCGUAAGAUUGAUGACGAGGGCGAUAUGUAGACGGCCGAAUUGGCAGUGGCGGAGAAAUAAACGACACCGUUUUUGGGACGGUAAUUUCCGGACAUUUUAACAUGUGUCUUAUGUGUUCUCAGAGCGCUUAUAAAAUUACACAAAUCUAAUAUAUAAAAUAGAAGUGUGUUUUAUAGAAAUUCCGGAUUGGGUGAUUUUGUUGUUCUACCUCGCAAUGACCAUAACUAGAUGGGAAAGGAUACGAGUAAGUCUAACAUACAUUCAUUGUACUUGUGUUGGACUCCAGCCAUCUUAUCUGGACAUUGUACCAUUGUACCCGUGUUCUAGACAACUAAUCCCUGCAAUAAUGGACUGAUUACAUUACACGCGCAUGUGAUGCCGAACGCUCGUAUUUAUGGAACGGGUUCCUUCAUCUGGCCGACAGCUCCGUACAAUCUAGUUUAAUUUGAAAUAACCGGAGGAUCGGGACAUGAUCUAUGGUUUACGCCUGACAACACUCUGUGAUCGUAAUACGUGUUAUUACGUUUUAGUUUUGCCAAGGAAAUCAUGAUGUAUAUGAAUUCGACAAACGAGACCUUUCUGGAGAAUUCGCUGAACUGCCUGCCGAUAUUGUACCCGUAUUGGUUCCCAAUGUACGGUGUACUCUGCCCCCUAUUGGCUUGUACAACUCUUUGUACAAACAUCCUCGUCAUCAUUGUCUUUACGAUGAACCGGAUGCGCUCCCCGACAACCAUCCUUCUCACGGCUCUCGCUGUCAGCGAUAUUUUGGCAGCAAUGGUCAUCACGCCAAUGUACGUAUACUUCUACAGUAUGGGGAACGUAUUGAACUAUCAAGGGGGACUACCAUAUCCACUUUGUAUUUAUCACAGUAUGGCUUACAAAAUUACCGCCGUUUUCCACGCGGUGUCAAUAUGGUUGACAGUUGUACUCGGCAUUCAGAGGUUCAUUGUUGUCGCCUUUCCAAUUCCCGGCAGACGGCUCUGUUCAAAGAAAAACUCCGUUUUAGUUAUAAUUCUAGUAUAUAUCUUAGUCCUUGGUGUCUACUCAUUGUGGUUUUUGGAAGAUCGGUUUGAGGAGAGGACCCGGAUUGACGAGAGCGGUUUGGUGGCUCCUUAUUGUUUAUGUUACCAAGAGGAAGUCAUCAUGUUUGAUUAUAGUAUGGAAAAGGUUAUGAAAUUCAUCCGCCUCGUUUUCGGACAGUUCUGUCCAUGUGUGAUAUUGGUGUGCGCGACUAUAGCAUUGGUUCAGAAACUGAUUGUGGAAUCCCACCGGAUACUGGACUUACACAGAGAAGAGGACAACGAAAGGGAGAGAACUGACUUCCGGUUGAUUCGUAGAACUACGGUAAUGGUGAUUCUGAUCGUUAUAACGUUUUGUCUGGUAGAGAUACCACUGAGUAUAGUGUUUCUCAUAGAUGUAUGUGACAUACAAAUCAUUCAACUCGAUGCGAAACUGGAAAUAGCGGUGAUAUCCAACUUCUGUUUAUUUAUAACAUACCAGGUGAAUUUCUGGAUUUACGUAUCCCUUAGUAGACAUUUUAGAAACAAUUUAAAGAGGCUUUUUCACAUUGGUGACAGUUCGUUAAACCAAAACGGUUUUCCAUCUUUGAAUUAUAAAUCCUACUAUUCACCACGCAUUCUCCACAGUAGGCGUGUGUCCACGUUCCACUGAUGUCUAAAGCACCACUUGUAAGAGUUUUUUUUUAAUUUGUUUGAUUAAUCAACUGUAUGUGACAUUUCCAUAAUCAUAGGAUAACUAUUAUUACCAUAUAAUAACUGUUAUUAUCAUAGAAUAACUAUUAUUAUCUUAGAAUAACUAUCAUUGUCAUAGGAUAACUAUUAUUAUCAUAGGAUCAUUAUCAUAGGGUACCUAUCAUUAUCAUAGGAUAACUUGUUAAAAUAUUAAUUUCUUAAUUGCAAUAUCAUUACUUUUAUUCUAAUAGCUUCGUAGAAUGUUAACU